AUGCUAUCGACUUGCGCUGUCAUCACAGUCAGCGACACCGCUGCCCGUGAUGCCAGCACGGAUGCAACAGGGCCGAUGCUCCUCAAUGAACUUCAAUCUGCAGGCUACUCUCUACCAAGUCGAGCGCAUUACAUCGUGCCAGACGAGUUGAGCGCGAUCAGAGAUGCCGUACGGUGUGCUGCCGUGUCUUCCCGGCUCGUCGUCACCACGGGCGGCACUGGCUUUGGCUUGAGGGAUGUCACGCCAGAAGCAGUCGGGCCUCUCAUCGUCAAGCACGCUCCCGGACUUGUACACCUCAUGAUGAGCACGUCUCUCGCAGUCACGCCGAUGGCAGCGCUCUCCCGACCCGUCUGCGGUGUCACACAGGAGGGCGCACUCGUCGUCACGCUGCCAGGUUCGCCAAAGGGAGCAAGAGAGAAUCUGAUGGCUUUGCUCAAAGUCCUGCCUCAUGCACUCGAACUCAUCAGCGGAUCUACGGGCGAGGAUACCCAUCGCGCGAUGGGCGCACCAGAGCGAGCGCCGAACAUGACGGACAGCGCUCAUAUCUGCGUACACCGUCAGCGCGACGAACCGCGAAGUCUGCAAGAGCAUGCGGCGCUCAGAUCUUUCGACCCUACACAAGGAGUUGCAAGGCGGUACAGGCGAUCACCCUACCCUAUCAUACAAAUGAGCGAAGCUCUCGACCUCAUCCUGCAGUACGCAACCGUCGGUGACGUGGAACGAGUGGAUCUAUCGGCCAUCGUAGGCAGGGUACUGGCCGAGACCGUCAUGUCUCACGUCGACUUGCCCUCGGUACCCACAACCAAUGUCGAUGGCUAUGCGAUCUUCUCAGAUGAUAGCCAGCCAAGGCGUCGCCUGAUGUCAGCAGAUCAAUAUCAGGACUGUCAGGAGCUCGAGAAGUGGGCAGUCAGAGUCGCGACAGGCGGUCCUGUUCCUGCGCGAGCGAAUGCCAUCAUCAUGGUCGAAGACACAACAGUCAGCGAGACCGGACAAACCGGCGAGGAGAUCACCAUCGACAUUCACGCUAUUGCGAAGAUUGGGGAGCACUUCAGGCAGAUCGGCAGCGAUGUUCGCGCGGGCGACACCAUCCUGCGGCAACGCGAUUUGAUCAGUCCUGUAGGCGGCGAGGUCGCCUCGCUUGCAUUCAUCGGGCGUCAUUCGGUGCUUACCUAUCGCAAACCUGUAGUCGCAGUGAUGUCAACGGGCAAUGAGCUGCAAGAGCUUGUGCAAACUACCACACCUCAAGUGACCGCAGCCGGCGUGCCCAUCGUCUUUGACAGCAACAGACCCUCAUUGUUGGCUGCCCUGAAAGCGCAAGGCUUUGAUGCGAUCGAUUUGGGGAUCAUUGGUGACGAUGUCAGCAAGAUCAAGCAGGCGCUCGAGCUCGGCCUGAGCAGAGCAGACGUGAUAGUGACAACGGGUGGCACAUCUAUGGGCGAGAGCGACUAUCUCAAGACAGUUAUCGAGCGCGAGCUACACGGAACCUGUCACUUUGGACGCGUGGCCAUGAAGCCAGGGAAACCGACAACUUUUGCUACGCUGCCCGGUCAAAGGCCGACACUCGUGUUUGCGCUGCCGGGCAACCCAGCUUCUGCUCUGGUCACGUUCUACGUCUUCGUCAUGCCAGCGCUGCGGAAGGUGUCGGGUUACAGAGCUUCGGAAUGGCACUUGCCGCGCGUCAGAGUCCAGAUCACUUCCGACUUCCCACUCGACCCGAGGCCCGAGUUUCACAGAGUGAGCAUCGUCACGUCACAAGAGGCACCUUAUCUACGUGCCUUCUCCACGGGCGGGCAACGCAGUAGCAGAACGAUCAGUAUGGCAGCAGCAAAUGGCCUCGUUGCUCUGCCCUCCAGCAAGGAUGCGCCCGUCGCGGUGCUCAAAGCAGGCAGUCUGUGUGAUGCCAUCCUGAUCGGGCCUCCUCUGACAUCCACACGAGACUGA